UGUCUUCCGCUUCUUUCGCCCUGUCACUUCCCGAGCCCUCCACGUUUUGUUUCUCUUCAUCACCAUACACCACUCUCCGAAACUUCUCAAUCUCCAAAUUCUAGAAGUUCUCACGCUGCCUCUUAUGCGGCAUUUCUUCGAAUCUCUCACUUGCAUUACGUGCGCGUGCGAAACUGAGGGCGGGGAAUCACAAUUCGAGGACGAAGACGGUGAGGGGGAAUCGGUGCUUUGUUUGGAAUGAGGAGUUUUUGUUCGGCGUGGAGGAGGGUACUGGGGAGGAGGAGGUCGAGGUGAAGACUUUUUACGAGGCGAGAUGCGACGGCAGUGAGGAGCAGUUUCUUCGGUUGUUUUCGGGUGCCGCUUUGUGCGGUUUUAGACGAGGGAAAGAAGACGCUGCCGCCGACGUGGUUUUCUCUGGAGGCAAAGCAUUUCGGCCAUGGUACCUCCAAAUUUGAGGAUUCCGUAAAUGAAGGACAUUGAAGAUAUUCAGGUGAUCCCACCAUCUUUCGCUACAAUAGGCACUCUAAUUUCUCAAUUGCUUUCUCUGCAGAGCUUCCUAUCGCUGUAAGUCAUUCAUCUUAUCCAUCACCUUGCUGUUUUACACCAGAACAGUUGAAAAUUUUUCUCUAUAUGAGGGAGUAUUCGAUCAUCUGACUUCAUUGUUGUACGGAAUAAAUUAUAAAAGUAUUCCCAGUCGAACUCAUACAAAAUUCUGCAUUGAUAAUUGUGGCGAUCAACCAACAAAGCCACAGCUCAUUCACCCGUUAUAAACAUGGAGAAAUUAAAAUCUUUAGCCGGACAAACAGAGUUUGAAGAAACUCCUCCAGACCAUGAAGAACAGAGGUUUAUGCAUGACAAAGAAGAAGCUACCACAUCCACGUCUGUAUCUAAGACAUGCAAUUCGCCAGGGAUUGCGUGCGAAAUUCCUCAUGAUGAGAGCAUUUCUGAUGUCAAUCUGUACUGCCUCAAGUCUCUCAGAGAAAACUGGAUUUAAAGAUUUUCUUGGACAAUACCAAGGGAGAAGAAACUAUUAAGGAAUACAUAACAAGGAUGGAGAAGAAAGUAGGAAAGAAGUUAAAUCCUAAGGCACCUCAGAAGAACUUGACAUUCAAGAAAAUCUUUUCCCUAACACAAGAAGAGUUUCUGAUUAAAGAUUUUUCAUGUUAUUUGAAGAGAAAGCUUCCACUGCAGGGUCGAAUUUUCAUAUCAGCCAGAAUUGUAGGAUUCUACUCAAACUUCUUUGGUCAUAAAACCAAGUUCUUUUUUCUCUGGGAGGACAUUGAAGAUAUUCAGGUCAUCCCACCAUCGUUCGCUACAAUAGGCACUCCGGCUCUGCUGAUGAUCUUGAGGAGUGGUCGUGGCUUUGAUGCUAGACAUGGUGCAAAAUGUCAAGAUGGUGAAGGCAGAUUAAAGUUUCAGUUCCAGACAUUUGCAUCAUUUAGCAUCGCAAGCAAGACAAUUAGAGUUUUGUGGAGAACAAAAACUACCUCCUAUGAAGACAGAGCCAAGUUAGAAGAAGACCAACUGGGUCAAGAUGGCAAGACAAAUAAGAAUGAUGAUAGUGAAUCAUUAUCAAGCAAUGAGGACACAACUAAUUUCUCAAAUGCUUUCUCUGCAGAGCUUCUUAUCGCUAUGGAGUUGCUUAUUGAGGUGUUUGAAGGAGGUGAGCUAGAGAAGAAAAUAAUGGAGAAUGUUGGGUGCCUUAAUUAUUCAUCAACAGAAUGGAAGGAAACGAAGCCUAAUAUCCAUUAUAAAUUCAAUCGAUAUUUAUCAAUUUUUGGAGGUGAAGUAACCAGCACUCACCAUAGAACACCUACUGCAGAUGGUAAUGGUUGGGUGAUUAAUGAAACCAUAACACUUCACGGCAUUCCUUUAAGUGAUCAUUUUCAUGUCAAUCUGAAAUACAACUUAGAAGCCCUCCAGUCCAUGUCCCCAUCAUGCCAGGUUGAUGUUAUCAUUUGUAUAACAUGGUUGGAAAGAAGCAAGUUCAGGAAGAGGAUCACAAGAAACAUUUUUGAAAAGCUAGCUCAUAGAUCAAAGGAGGUUUUUGAUAUCUUUGAUUUCAAUUGUUUCAUUUUUAGAUUGAUUUCUCAUAUUUCAUAUGAAUUUCAUGGAAAAAUUAAGAUAUAUUGAUGUUUUGACAACUUUUAGGUAUAACUUUUGAUAUUUUUCUAGUUUCCUCAUUGUUCACAUUUUUAUAUUAUUAUUUUUUUAUUUUCACCAAAUAUUUUAUAAUCCUAUGAAUUUAUGCUUUAGGCUGAAUAAUGUUUAUUAAGUGUAAAAUCUCAAUAAGUGUAAAUCAGCUGUAUGCUUUCCUCUAAUGGAUUAUUAG